AUGGAAGGUGACCUGGAGCCCUCCAACGGUCUCGUAGACCGCGCGGCGGCAAUGUUGCACGACGGGCUUAAGCGUUACAUUCCGCCGUCCGCGUGCGUGAGUCGCGAUGCAGAGGUCGCCGCCGUGCGGCGGGACAAGGAAUUCUUUGCCAUCGAAAAUGGCGAACUUACCCUCAAGAAGAAGGACAACGUGUUCAAUGCGGACGUAGCAACCGACUUCAAGCUGCAGCAGGCGUUCACCAGGAGAGGUCUGGCCCUGGACCGCGUCGGUCUGGUCUCCUUCAACGUGCACGAGCGUCUCGUGCGAAACUACUUCUUCCUGAAGGAGGGAAGGGCCGUGACCCUAAAGGAUCUGGCAGGAGUCGCACCCCAAAAGGCCGGGGCAGGGGGAGAGGUAAAGGGAAGCCUUCCGCUCCUACCCUCCCGGCCGAAAAGAAGCUGCCGAUGCCUAAAGAACUGCGCCCUUUCCAGCCGCAUGACGAUCACGGCAGGCGUUACUGCUAUGGGUAACCUGGAGGAGGGCUGUGACCUCCCGGCGUCCGGGAAUCCUCCUGAGUGUGACCGCGGACUGCACGUUUGCAUGUCCUGUGGGUCCAAGGACCACGGGGCAGGGAACUGUCCGGCAAACAAGAAGCGUGAGCCUCGUCAGGCCCGGGUGAGUCGCCCGCUCCCACCCCUCCUUCUUCCCCUGGUGCUGUUACGGGCCGUGCCCGCUGUGAGGAAGUUCAACCUCCAGCUGGGGGGUCAGCGUCCUCGCCUGUGGACUGCCAGCCCGGCCGUGGCGAUAGGGGAUUUUCGUGACAGGGCACGCGUUCGUGCCGCGAACAGCCUCGUAGAGCUGAUGUCCUCCUGGUGCAGACAUUUGUCCGAAAAAGGGGUCUGCUGGAGCAUCGAAAAUCCCACCAAUAGCUUGAUUUGGCUUUUCCCUGGUUUGAGUGGGCUCGUGGCCAAAUCUCACGUUGUCACGCUGCAUGCGUGCAUGUUUCGGCGGAAGAGCACCACGUUGGUGUCGAACCGCUCUUGGUUUCGUCGGACAGCCGUGCUGUGCUCUGGAGACCAUGCCCAUGAGUCAUGGGGUCAGGACGUCCUGGAAAAAGCCCCCGUGGGGCGGAAACGUGCUUUCAAGGCGCUGUGCGAGCCGGACUUCGCUGUCAAGGUCACCCUAAAGGGCGACGAUGCCGCACGCUUCUUCAGCUUUUUCCCGCCCUGCAAGAUUCCGCGCCACUGGGACCACUGGCCGAAAGGGUCGAAGCUCCUGGAGAUCGACCGCGAGGGCGCGACCGCGUCGGUCGCCAUCCCUUGCUCACCAGAAGCCUGGUGUAGGCAGGCCUUAGAGCUACCCAACCCGCGUAGGGCGCGUUGUGUCCUCCCUCCCGACAUGCUCGUAGCUCUCGCAGCCGAUGCCGCGGAGGACACCAUUAAGCUUGCGAAGUUGCGUACGGAGGGUUCCGUGAGCCGGGAGACGGCCCUCCGUGAAGGUCUCGACCCCGAAGUCAACCACGUCACUUCCAGUAAGAUGUCUGUGGCUCUGGAACUCUUGUUGCGCGAAAGUGGGUCACGUCGACCCGGACGUCUCUGCCGGUACCGUGACCGAGCGACUGAGCGUGCUGUCUGGGCCGUGACCCGAGAAGAACAGGCCAGUGGGUGGCUGUCUUUCUGCAGCCGCGAAGACCUUUCCGCUCUGGCGGUAGUUUCUCCCAGAGCCUGUGGUGUGCAGGAGAAGGUUCAGAUGGACGGGAUUGACGAGAUAGUCGAGGCCUGUCUUUCCUGGCUUCGUUUUCGUCUGCCGGGGAGCCCCCCUGAGCGCAUCCUCGGUCGUACCUGGGAUCUGAAGAGCGCUUAUAAGCAGCUCGCCGUGCGAGCCGACCACAAGCACUUCGCCAUCAUCUGCCUCAUGGACCCUGAGGCAGACGUUGUCCAAUACUGCCGCUUGCACAGCCUGCCCUUUGGGGCAGUUGCAGCCGUGCAUGCCUUCCUGCGGUGCAGAAAAAGUUUGUUCAUAGCUAUGACCUCUUUUUUCGACGACUUCACGGUGCUGACGUCUGCAGCAAACGCGGCCCACGUUGAGGUCGUUGUCUCCUCAAUGUUCAAGAAACUGGGCUGGCGCGUAGCCACGGAGGAGAAGAAGAACCGCCCCUUUUCUGAGGUUUUCGAUGUUCUCGGCGUCCGAGUGGACCUGUCCCAGCAGUCCGUGGGUGUGGUACAGGUCAGCAACACGCCACAGCGCGUCGCUGAGCUUAAGGACACAGUAGCGGCGAUUAAACAAAAAGGUUCACUUACGUUUGAAGAAGCGCAGCGUCUGUGUGGACGUCUGGUGUUCGCGGAACAACACGUCUGGGGCCGUAACGCCAAACAGGCCGUGGUGGCUGUCGGGGACGUUUCCCCGGCCUCCGAAGCCUCGCAUCCUUUGACUGACGUCCAGCAAGCAGCUUUGGACUUCAUUGAGCAACGCGUCCUGGAUGGGCGCCCCCGGUCUUUCUCUGUUCAACCAUCCAGAACGUUCCACCUUUGGCUGGACGGGGCAUGCGAGUGGGAUGUGUCAAACUCAGUGCCCACGUGUGGCUUUGGGGGUGUCCUCUGGCUGGAUGGCGUGCCUUUGGCCUGGGGAGACACCCUGGACCCCGCCGCGGCGCAAGAAUGGGCAAGCCGCGUCGGUAAAAAGCAGUUAGUUUUCGAGUGCGAGUUGUUGCCCUACUUCAUAUCGCUGCAGCUGUGGGGACGUUUCCUCCGAGACAGUGACCUUCUCGUUUUCAUCGACAACGAUGCCGCUAGAGCGUCCCUAGCCCGCAGUUUCACACGGAAAGAAGAGGGCGCAGCGAUAGUGUUUCAGGCUGUGGAAGCAGAGGAACGUCUCAGCAUCAACGCUUGUUUCCUGAGGGUGCCCACCUCUAGCAACAUCGCAGACGGGCCAAGUCGCGGGGUUUUCGACACGAUCCUCCGUCUUGGGGGUCGUAGGGUUCCCCUGCCGUGCGGGGCGAUACGCAGUGCGUUGGGCCUCUCAGGAGCUGUCUAG